CCACGCCGGUCCUUCUAUCCUGAUCACCCACGCUAUUGCAGGCUACAGCAAAUACCGCCCUGCCCUUCAAUGAAUACUUCUGCUUUUGGUCGCGAGCCACAGGUGGCGGGUGAAACUAGGAAGCGUGCCCUCAAAGUCAACAAGGCAUGCUUACCCUGCCGCGCACGCAAGGUAAAGUGCGAUGCUUCGGUGAUUGGCCUCCCCUGCAGUAGCUGUACCAGCAGGCAAUGUGCCGAGGAAUGCGUACUGCCUGCCCGAAAGGGUCGGACCAGGACAGCAGUACAUCCUUUGCCAACUUCUAGCCAAGUAUGUUUUAGAGGAUUAGUAUUAUUCGAAAGAUCUCUAUUUUCCAUAUUUCCUUCUGCACCUUGAAUAAUCAUUUGGGAUGCCCACUAACUAGCGACAGACUACGGAUGUCCCGGCUAUAUCCAAUAAUACCCCAUUUGAUAAUGAGUCAGAACAAUCGUCUCUUUCCCUGGACCGACAAAGCAUACGUCGAACUGAGCCAGAUUUGCUCUACCUCAAUAUCCUAAAGGACGCAGUGGAAGAAACCUCAGAAAGUAGUAGAUAUCACACCCUUCCCAAUACUCCCCACCGGUCAAGACUGGAAGGCAGUUUCACUCCUCGGAACUGUCGAUGGACCAAGCUACGCCAAUUGGAUGAUAUUGACAAUGAAUACCUUAUGAAGAAGGGUGUCUUUGAUCUACCCCAUCCCCAUCAUUUGUGAGAGAAUCGUCCCUUUUCCAUCCUCAUCAUGUUUUCGUCUCCACUCUGCUCACAGGCAAAACCAACAGAGAUGCACUCAUUAAGACAUACUUUGACCACGUCUACCCUUUUGCUCCGAUAAUCAACAGAGCUGAUUUCAUUCGCGGCUAUCAAUCUGGCGACUGCUCUUUGUUUAUACUCCGCGCCAUAUUGACACCAGCCAGUCUCCAUGCGUCGGCUGAUGUGCUAUCUGCCUGCGGCUUUGCAAGCUGCUCAGCCGCACAAGCGUCGUUCUUCUCUAAGGCUAAGCUGCUCCACGACUUUGCCGCCGAAGAUGAUCCGUUGUUGAUUCUGCAGGGAUCUAUCAUCUUGUGCAUGGUGAUCCUCGACCACCCCACUGAUUGGGACUUUGGCUACUGGUUCCACAACGCAAUCCGCCUGGCCACCAAGCUUGACCUACGCAACACAUGUAUUCAAGAAGAUAAACCCCGCAAAGUCUUGAAGGUGUACAGAAGGAUCUGGUGGGCUCUCCACUUUUUGGACAUUUUCCAUGUCUUUGUUAAUACCAGACGCUCACGACUUCUCGAAGACACCUCCGCGAUCAAGCCUAGGACAGAAGAUGACUGGGAAGCGGAGGAUGUCUCGGGAAUAUCAUCCGGCUUGCUAUCGGCUGUCACGCCUCAGCAAAAGGCCUACCCCAUUGUCCACUGCGAGUUGUCUCGAAUAUUUGGAAAAUGUUUGUCCAUUGUGACAAUCAAGCCACAGCAGGAUCCUCGCCAAAUGAUGCAACCACUGGAUGCAUGGCGCAAGUCUCUUGUAACCAGGAUGCACGUGGGUGGGAAUACUGGAACUGAUGUGUACUAUCUCAAUAUCCAAGCAAUGAGUUACAGGUUUGAGUGUGUCUUGUGUCGCUUAAUACGACGCUGUUGGCAGCAGUCCAGACAUACGGAAUGGAGCGAGUGGGCCAAACAGCGGCUUCGGUCGGCUGUUCUGGAGUUGGACACGAUUGCCAUUAGGGUAUUGGCGAGUGGCACCCUUCACGAUUUUCCUAUGUCUUUCGUGACCACCAUAACUGCACUACUCGCUCUGCACAUCGAAUCGGCGCUCGAUCCGACCGAGACAGAUCUUGUCCGUUCCAUGGCUCGGAUAUCCAUCAGCCAGACAAUGCUUGUUCUCACCCAAGGGAAAGAAAUACCCGCCUUGAAAAGAGCGCUACCGGUAUUCGAGGAGAUUCUUUCCAAGAAAAAUCUGUACUUGGUUCCGUCGAACGAUCUCGGUCAGGUACCUGCACAGUCGCACCCACAAAGCAAUGAUUUGACGGAUGCCCAGGCUUCGCCGCGCACACAGGUCGGCGGAGUUUCGCCUCACUUAGAGCAGCGUGAAAGUAAUCCGUUGUUUGAUGUGGAUUUCCUAGGAUUCGAUUUCUUGGACGAGUGGCAGAUCGGGCAACUGGAUGUUACGGGGCGAUAUUGACAUUGGCUUUCCAAGAACAGGCGCCCUUAAG